AUGUACAACGACAAGAAGAAGCGGAAGAAGUCAACUCACGGCCACACGCAAAGAGAUCGAACCAAUCUCACGCGCAAGGAGAUCGGCCGGCAGACGCACUGGGAAAAUUUAGCAGGAAGCGAUGGCAGGGAGAUCUCACGCGCCUCAAGAUGGAGAUCUCACGCGCCUCAAGCAGCUGAGGCGGCCUCGCACGGGCGGGCCAGGGAGCGGCCUCACGCGGGCGGGCCGAAGCUGCAGAGGCGGCGCAGGAAUCGGGCGCCGGGGACAGAAUCGGGCGGCGCAGGAAUCGGGCGCCGGCGGUCUCACGCGGGCGGGCGGAAGCAGCAGAGGCGACGCAGGAAUCGGGCGCCGGGGACGGAAUCGAAGCAGCAGAUCAGGGCGAAGUGGAGCGAGCCGGUGAAGCUGCUGGGCUCCUUCGGUAGCCCGUUCACGCACCGCGCGGAGGCGGCGCUGCGGCUGAAAGGAGUGGCCUACGAGUUCAUCCAGGAGGACCUGUGCAACAAGAGCGAGCUGCUGCUCCGGCACAACCCGGUCCACAAGAAGGUGCCGCUGCUCCUCCACGGUGACCGCGCCGUCGCGGAGUCGCUCGUCCUCGUGGAGUACGUCGACGAGGCCUUCGAGGGCCCGCCCCUUCUCCCUUCCGACCCGCUCGCCCGCGCCGCCGCCCGGUUCUGGGCGCAGUUCGCCGUGGACAGGUGCUCGAGGACGCUGUUCAAGGCGCUGUGGACGCCGGACGGCGAGGCUCGGAGGGGGUUGGUGGCGGAGACGAAGGGGAACCUGGCGCUGAUGGAGGCGCGUCUGGAGGGGAGGAGGUUCUUCGGAGGCGACGAGAUCGGGUACCUCGACAUCGCCGCCAGCGGGCUCGCGUGGGUCACGGUGCUGGAGGAGCUCGCCGGAGUGGAAAGGAGCGUGAUCGGCGAGGAGGAGUUCCCUGCCCUGUGCCGGUGGCGCGGGGAGUACACCUCCCAUGAGGCAGUAAAGGCGUGCUUGCCGAGCAGGGAGCAGAUCAUGGCCUUCUACGCUGGAAUGAAGGAAAGACUCGCGCUCCUUGCCAAGUCAAUGCAGAAGUAAAAAUUGUCUGUAGCUCUCUUGCGGCUUGCGUGGGAUGCAUACUAGUGGUACUGAACUCUGAUGAUGAUUGUGCUUGUGUACCGUUAUGGCUCUGAAUAAUUUUGGCGUUUGUUCACU